AUGUAUAUCAUCAACGGGAUUGGAAACAUGAUUCUUGACGUCGCAGUUUUGGCUCUUCCACUCCCUACGAUCUGGAAACUAAAACUACCUACAGCCCAGAAGCUCGGCCUUGCGGUUAUUUUCAGCCUGGGAGUUUUUGUUACAAUAAUAUCCGUCCUCCGCAUCAAGGCCUUGCUAGCUGUUGACUUCGAAGAUAUCACAUGGUCCCUUCCUGGUGGGCUAGAAUGGACAUGUCUUGAAGAAUCGAUUGCAUUGGUUAACGCAAACCUCCCCUUCCUACGAUCUAUCUUGAAAUACAUCACCCCCAAAGCUUUCUCUCGUCAAUGGGCCUCCGGAUACCAGCCUCGGAGGUCGACCAAUCGAAAGACAGAUAACACGACGGGUGAUGAGACUGAAGGUACUUUCUCAUUGGUGGAUAAAUCCUCUCAAUACUUGGAGCUGUCGGAUGUUGGGACGGGGCAUGAGUCACACUAA